AGCAUUAUUUUUGGUAAAAGAAAGAAAUGUUAGAAAAAGGAUUAGGCUAAUUUUGCAGUUUGGAAUUUGGCCUGAUCGGUUGAUGCCGCCAAUCUUUCACAGUGUUGCGCAGAAAUUACCAGAGAGAGAGAGAGUAGGGAGGUUUGUGUAGCGUGUAGAUCUAAAGAGAGAAGGGAAGGUGUGGUUGGUUGAUGGGAAAUGGCGUACAUAGACAAUUUGCCGCCAAUGGAUCUGAUGCGUUCGGAGAAGAUGACGGCCGUCCAGCUCAUCAUUCCGGUCGAGUCCGUUCACCGUGCCGUUACUUACCUCGGCCAACUCGGCCUUCUCCAAUUCCGCGAUUUAAAUGCAGAUAAGAGUCCCUUCCAGCGAACAUUUGUUAACCAGGUGAAAAGAUGUGCAGAGAUGUCGCGGAAACUGCGAUUUUUUAAAGAUCAGAUACACAAAGCUGGUCUUCGACUUUCUUCUUCUCCUGCUUCACAACCUGAUGUUGAGUUAGAAGGAUUAGAGGUACAAAUUGCAGAGCAUGAACAAGAGCUAAUUGAAAUGAACUCUAACAGUGAGAAAUUGCAGAAAUCUUAUAAUGAGUUGUUGGAAUUUAAGAUGGUGUUGCAGAAGGCUGGUGAGUUUCUUCUUUCAAGUCAAACUUCAGCCCAGGAAACAGAACUAGAUGAAAAUGUGCACUCUCGUGAUGAAUAUGCUGAUAUAGCGUCAUUACUUGAGCAGGAAAUGCAACCUGAUGUGUCAACUCAUGUAAGAUUUAUUAGUGGCAUAAUCUGCAAGUCCAAAGUUCUUACAUUUGAAAGGAUGUUGUUUCGCGCUACAAGGGGCAACAUGCUUUUCAAUCAGACACCAGCUGAAUAUGAAAUCAUGGAUCCUACUUCAAAUGAAAUGGUUGAGAAGAUAGUAUUUGUAGUUUUCUUCUCAGGUGAGCAGGCAAGGACCAAGAUACUGAAAAUUUGUGAUGCGUUUGGAGCAAGCUGUUAUCCUGUUCCAGAAGAUAGCAUCAAACGGAGGCAAAUAACUCGUGAAGUUUUGUCUCAAUUAUCUGAUUUAGAAACCACUUUGGAUGCUGGAUUACGUCAUCGAGACAAUGCAUUGAACUCUAUUGGGUUUAAUCUCACAAAAUGGAUUAACGUGGUUAGAAAGGAAAAGGCAGUAUAUGACACGCUAAAUAUGCUGAAUUUUGAUGUUACAAAAAAGUGUCUUGUUGGUGAGGGCUGGUGUCCCAUAUUUGCAAAGACUCAGAUUCAAGAGGCUUUACAACGUGCAACAUUUGAUAGCAAUUCACAAGUUGGGAUAAUAUUUCAUGAUAUGGAUUCCGUUGAGUCACCUCCAACAUACUUCAGAACCAACCGUUUUACAAAUGCAUUUCAAGAAAUUGUGGAUGCAUAUGGUGUUGCAAAAUAUGAGGAGGCAAAUCCUGCGGUUUAUACAGUUAUUACAUUUCCUUUCUUAUUUGCUGUGAUGUUUGGGGACUGGGGUCAUGGAAUUUGUUUGCUAUUGGGAGCUUUGUUUCUUCUAGCUCGAGAGAAAAAGCUCAGUUCUCAGAAACUUGGGAGCUUUAUGGAAAUGUUAUUCGGUGGCCGCUAUGUUCUCCUCUUAAUGUCCAUAUUUUCAAUUUACUGUGGGUUAAUAUACAACGAAUUCUUCUCUGUUCCCUUUCACAUAUUUGGUAACUCUGCAUAUAAAUGCCGAGAUGCUACAUGCAGAGAUGCUAGCACAGUUGGUUUAAUCAAAUACAAAGACCCAUAUCCAUUCGGUGUUGAUCCAAGUUGGAGGGGUAGCCGUUCAGAGCUGCCUUUCUUGAACUCCCUGAAGAUGAAGAUGUCAAUUUUGUUGGGUGUGGCACAAAUGAAUCUGGGAAUUAUUCUUAGUUACUUUAAUGCACGUUUCUUCAGUAGCUUGAUUGACAUUAAGUAUCAGUUUGUGCCUCAGAUUAUUUUCCUCAACAGCCUUUUUGGAUAUCUUUCACUUCUCAUCGUUGUCAAGUGGUGCACCGGUUCCCAAGCUGAUCUUUACCAUGUCAUGAUUUACAUGUUCUUAAGUCCUUUUGAGGAUCUUGGUGAUAAUAAAUUGUUUUGGGGACAGAGUGUGCUCCAGGUCAUACUAUUGCUUCUAGCACUUGUUGCUGUUCCAUGGAUGCUCUUCCCAAAGCCUUUCAUUUUGAGGAGACUCCACACUGAGAGAUUUCAAGGUCGAACGUAUGGGAUUCUAGGAACUUCUGAAAUAGAUCACGAGGAUGAACCAGGUUCAGCAAGGCCACACCAUGAGGACUUCAAUUUUAGUGAGAUUUUUGUGCAUCAAAUGAUACACUCUAUUGAGUUUGUCCUUGGUGCUGUGUCCAAUACCGCAUCAUAUCUAAGAUUAUGGGCUUUGAGCUUGGCCCACUCAGAGCUUUCGACUGUCUUUUAUGAGAAAGUCCUCCUCCUUGCCUGGGGGUACGAUAACAUCUUCAUACGACUGGUGGGGUUGGCGGUUUUUGCCUUCGCAACAACAUUUAUACUACUCAUGAUGGAGACGCUCAGUGCUUUUCUUCAUGCACUGCGUCUCCACUGGGUCGAAUUUCAGAACAAGUUUUAUCACGGCGACGGCUACAAGUUCAGGCCAUUCUCCUUGCUCUCGUUUGCGGACGAUGAUGACUAGUUACCAGUGUACGCAUGUCUUACCCACUUUUUUUUCUUUUGGAAUUCACGGUGAAGAUACGGAUAGGAAGAACAAGAUUGAGUCUACCAUUGUGCAAUGAAAGCUAGGGUGAAGAAUUUCUACAUGAUCCCAUUUUUGGCUGACCGCUUCCAUUCGCUAUAGAGAAUAUAAUCUGGAGAUACUAUAAACGGUUUCCAUAUAUAGCCGCGAAUCUCAUUUCGGAGUAACUCCCACUUCGGCUCGUAGAGCCGUUCCCGAAUAUAAACAAUAUUUUGUACAUCUUUUUUCUUCUUCAAUAGUUUGUAAAGAGGGGAUUCUUUAUACCAUGUACCUUCACCUAUGAUUCUUUUUGCUCUCUAUUUUUUAACAACAAAAUUAAAAAGAGGAGAAAGAA